CUUCAAUCGUCUGUCCCUUAUACCUCAGUCUUAUGCGCGAGAUUUAAUCCGGUGACGAGAAACGGCCUGUAAGGUUUCAGUAUGGUGCGUGAGCGCAAAAGACACCCGGUUACUGAUUCUCGCCCAGUGCCACCUUCCAGGAAGACACCUGUCCCGGCUCGUGAUGGGAGUCGAGUGCUGCUUGUGGCUCUGCUGUCUCUAGUCAUUGGAGUCAGUGCUUUUGGCUACAGUGCGUAUGUGAAGUGGAGUCUGUCAACUCGCGUGAUUACACUUCACCCGGCACCACCCAUCUUUACUCCCAACAGCAGCUCUCAGUCUGUCUCUCCCAGCUUGUUUUGGGGCUCCUACAGGCCUAACGUCUAUUUUGGGAUGAAAAGUCGUAGCCCUCGCUCUGUGGUUACAGGUCUCAUGUGGCUGUCUCAGUCGGGUGCCCCCUCUCUGCGCCACAUCUGUGAGCAAAGCGACGGUCUUGCGCGCUAUGGGUGGCUGAUGCACGAUGGUGUGAACUUUGGGUCUCAGGAGAUCCGAGAUCGCGGGUUCACCCUGACAACGGAGUUUGUGAAACGGCCAGGAGGCAGUCAUGGUGGAGACUGGAGCUGGAGGGUCACAGGAUCACCUGAGACCUCGGCUCUUCCAGGGCAACUGGUCUCUAUCAUGUUUUAUGUCGCCACUGAUGGUCAGGGAUCACUGACACCCCAUGUUGAGGGAAGAAAUCAACUCACCCAGAUCACAGGAACAUCCGAGGAGCUAGGCGGUUUCACUAUUCGCUUUCCAGAACCACAGGGCAGUGGAGGUUACGUGAGCUAUAACCAUCUCAGCACUGUUUGUCCUGGUCUUCAUCUUCUGACAGACGUUGUACGCAGCAGCCUAAAGGAUCGCUUCACUCACCCUCUUCCAGAUGGGGUUUCUGCCAACAGCAAGAAGAGACGAUACUUUGGUCUGGAUGUCUACCUCCCCCCAGCACCUGCACCAGGUGCCCCACCUCUACCCGCCCACUCUCAGCUAGUGGUCCACCAGCUCACUCUCCAGCUUCCCUUUCAAGUCGAGGUCCUGUUUGAGUCAGACAGUUUUCACGAUCGGCCGGGGCCCCUCUCAGGCAAGGCAUUGAGCGAUUUGCUGGGCAAGCACCACAGGGCUAUGGAGGAACGUUUUAGAAACACUUUUCGACUGGAGGAGAAAGGGUUUAUUCCUGAACAGGUGGCUUUUGCACAGGCUGCCCUAUCCAACAUGCUGGGUGGGAUGGGCUACUUUUAUGGUAGUUCACUGGUUCAGUCACAACACAAUCCGGAACCAGUGCUUUACCCAGCAGCCCCUCUCUACACAGCUGUCCCAUCCCGUUCCUUUUUCCCACGGGGCUUCUUGUGGGAUGAGGGCUUCCAUCUGCUUUUGAUUGCACGUUGGGAUCCAGCCUUGGCCUGGCAGUCUUUAGGGCACUGGCUGGAUCUAAUGAAUUCUGAUGGAUGGAUUCCACGAGAGCAGAUUCUAGGCUCUGAGGCUCGUAGCAAAGUACCUGAUGAAUUUGUGGUUCAGAGGGAUGAAAAUGCAAACCCACCAACCAUGUUCCUGGCUCUGCAACAGUUGUUGUCUACAGACAGUGCUGCUGGAGACCGACUCCAAUUUCUGCAACGUGCACUAUCUCGCCUCCAGACCUGGUAUAACUGGUUUAACAUAACACAGGCAGGACCACUCCCUCACACCUACCGUUGGCGUGGAAGAGACAAGGAUUCCCUGCGUUUCCUGAAUCCUAAGACUCUGACUUCUGGCUUAGAUGAUUAUCCUCGAGCAUCUCACCCUUCUGAUGAUGAGCGGCAUGUUGAUUUGCGCUGCUGGAUGGCACUUGCUUCUGAAGUAAUGGGGGACAUCUUUGAGCAUUUAGGGCAUGAUGGAGGGUUGUACCAUGAGGGCCAUCGCAUAUUGACAGAUAAUACUUUGCUUGACAGACUCCAUUGGUCUGAGAAGCUUGGGGCAUAUGCAGAUUAUGGGAACCAUACACAGAAUGUAGCAUUAGAGUGGCAAAGACUGCAGCCAGCACCUGGGCAGGACCCCCGCAGUCUCCCACCACCUCAGCUUGUCAGGGUAGUGAAGAAGCCCCCAAAGUUGCAGUAUGUCAGAGCUCUUGGCUAUGUUUCCCUUUUUCCCUUCCUCCUCCAGGUGCUUUCCCCUGAUUCACCACGGCUUGGCCGCUUGCUUGAACAGCUGCGUGAUACUGACAAGGUAUGGUCUCCCUAUGGCCUUCGCUCAUUGUCCAAGAGUAGCACCCUCUAUUUAAAACAUAACACAGAACAUGAUGCCCCCUACUGGAGGGGACCCAUCUGGAUGAACAUCAAUUACUUGGCAGUAAGAGCUUUGCACUACUACAGCUUAAGAGAGGGGCCUCAUCAGGAAAGGGCAACACGCUUGUAUAGGGAACUGCGUGAAAACCUUCUUUCCAACCUGUACCGGCAGUAUAAGGAGACUGGCUUCCUAUGGGAACAGUAUAAUGACCAAACUGGCCAUGGGCAGGGCUGCUUCCCUUUUACAGGAUGGUCUUCUUUGAUAGUACUGAUCAUGGCUGAGGAAUAUUGAAAGAGUGGACAGAGUUAAUUCCCAUUCACUGGUUACUAAAGGGGGGUCACAUAAUUGCUCCUCCUUCAUUGGGUGGUCCUCUAUAACAUUUGCUGAGGGAGCUGGGUGCACAUAGCUGUUUGCUAUUUACACUGAGGUUUAGUUUGUGACUAAGAGGACAAUGGUUUGCAGGGAUGGUACCUCUUGACUGUAAGUUCCUCAUAGAUGGUGCUGAACAAGGCUGGAAGGCAUUUACGGUUGAUUCUGCCAUAUGCUGAAAUUUCUCUUAUAAUGCUUAAAAUGUCUGAGGAAGUAGGGUAAGGUUGCUCCUUAUCCAGGAGGUCCUUUGGUCAUUAUCACGGUCUAGGAGUAAUGACUAAAAUUGUUUGGCUGUACUGAUUUCUCUAAGAUGUACUAAUUUAACAUGUUGGGCUGGAAUAAUUCUUCAGUACAGCUUCAUCUUCCCCAGCUAAAUAGUCACUGCUGAUUAUGACCAAGGUGAGGGAAAGGGUAGGACAGAUUCAUCUUCCCCAGCUAAAUAGUCACUGCUGAUUAUGACCAAGGUGAGGGAAAGGGUAGGACAGAUUCAUCUCCCCAGGCUAAGCAGCCACUGCUGAUUAUGACCAAGGUGAGAGGGACAGGGUAGGACAGCUUCAUCCUCCCCUGCUAAAUAGUCGCCGCUGAUUAUGACUGAGGUGAAGGACAGGGUACGACAGCUUCUUCUUCCAUGGCUAAAUAACCACUGCUGAUUAUGAUCGAGUUGAGGGACAGGGUAAGACAGCUUAAUCUUCCCUGACUAAAUAACCACUGCUGAUUAUGACAGAGGUGAGGGAAAGGGUAGUACAGUUUAAUCUCCCUAGGCUAAAUAGUCACUGCUGAUUAUGACUAAGGUGAGGGACAGGGUAGGACAGCUUCAUCUUCCCAGACUAACGGUUUCUGAUAAUUAUGACCAAGGUGAGGGAUAGGGGAGGACUGCUUCAACUCCCCAGGCUAAAUAUACACUGCUUAUUAUGACCAAGGUGAGGGACAGGGUAGGACAGCUUAAUCUCCCUAGGCUAAAUAUACACUGCUUAUUAUGACCAAGGUGAGGGACAGGGUAGGACAGCUUAAUCUCUACAGGCUAAAUAGCCACUGCUGAUUAUGACCGAGUUGAAGGACAAGGUAGGACAGCUUCAUUUCCACAGGCUAAAUAGCCACUGCUGAUUAUGACGGACAGGGGGGACUGCUUAAUCUUUCCUGGUUAGUGGUCUCUGCUGAGUAUCACUGAGGUAAAGGGCAGGGUAUCUGACUUGCACCUGCUGUCCCUCUGCAAUUCAUGUCACCUCCCAAUACUGAAUGACAAGUGUAUGUGACCUGCACUGCUGUCCAUCUGCUAUUCAUGUCACCUCCCCACAGUAUGUCCCCUUCCAAUACUGAAUGACAAGUGUAUAAGACUUGCCCUGCUGUCCCUCUACUAUUCAUAUCACCUCCCCAUGGUCUGUCCUUUUCCAAUACUAAAUGACAAGUUUAUCUGGCUUGCACUGCUGUCCCUCUGCUAUUAGUCACCCAAUGUCACCUCCCCGCAAUCUUUCUCCUCCCAAUAAUGAAUGACAAGUGUAUGUGACCUGCACUGCUGUCCCUCUGCUAUUCAUGUCACCUCACCACAGUCUGUCCCCUCCCAAUACUGAAUGACAAGUGUAGGUGACUUGUACUGCUGUCCGUCUGCUAUUCAUGUCACCUACCCAUUAUCUGUCCCCUCCUAAUACUGAAUAACAAGUGUAUGUGACUUGUACUGCUGUCCCUCUGCUAUUCAUGUCACCUCCCAUGGUCUGUUCCUUCCCCAAUAAUGAAUGACAAGUGUAUGUGACUUGUACUGCUGUCCGUCUGCUAUUCAUGUCACCUACCCAUGGUCUGUCCCCUCCCAAUACUGAAUAACAAGUGUAUGUGACUUGUACUGCUGUCCCUCUGCUAUUCAUGUCACCUCCCAUGGUCUGUACCCUCCCUAAUAAUGAAUGAGAAGUGUAUGUGACCUGCACUCCUCUCUGUCUGCUUUUCAUGUCACCUCCCCACAAUCUGUCCCCUCCCAAUAAUGAAUAACAAGUGUAUGUGGCUUGCACUGCUGUCUGUCUGCUAUUCAUGUCACCUCCCCAUGGUUUGUCCCCUCCCAAUACUGAAUGACAAGUGUAUGCGACUUGUACUGCUGUCCCACUGCUAUUUAUGUCACCCAGAGUCCCCUAGUACCUUGUCCUUAUGGUCUCCUUCUAUUCUGCUCCUCGCAUGCUUAGCAUUAUCUAAAGGCCUUCUCAGACAAACCUGCCAUGUUUUACUUUUGUGCUUUUAUCUGCUGAUGACAUUAUUGCUAAUCAUUUUCCAUUUGAACUAAAUACAGAUUCUUUCCUUCUUAAUA